AUGGAUGCCUCAAAAAUUCCAGCAAGUCUAACAACUUUAGAUUUUACAGCCUCUCUACUCUCAAAUAUAUCACAAGAAUCUAUUGGUCCGAUUUCAUGUAUACCUUCAGCUUCACCAGUAUACCAAGAUAGAUAUGCAAUGAGAUUCAUUCAGUAUGUAGAACUUAAGAAUCCACUCAACAUAGUCAAUCCUCGCUAUGGUGCAGCAGCUACAAACUAUUGGAAAGAUAUCAAGAUUAGAGCAAACUCUUGGUUACCACAAGGAUGGGUAACCAUUUCAUUUAAGGCAACAAGUCUACUACCAAGCUUUGGUUCAGUCAAUGCAACUAUUUAUCCACCUCUAUAUCCUCAACAAUCAGCCAACAUACCACAAAACAAUCCAUAUAAUAAUAUUAAACAAUUGCAAAAAAAAGAUAUUGGAACAACUAUUUUAGGAUAUAAUUCAAGACAGAUCACUUUUUCACAGAUAUGUUCACAUAAUCUUAUUUUGAAUGUUCAAAAUUUGAAUUCUGCGCUUGGUUUUGGAGAUGGUGCGUUCGAAACAAGGUAUUUCCCAGUGCUGGGAACACCAGCGAAUGCAACCUACCAUAUAUUUGUCAAUGCAACGACACCGACCGGUGCGCUACCACUCUAUGUCUACGAUCAAUCGUCACUGUCCUACCCCGAUAUCUUUGGGAAUACAACGAACCCACUAUCGACCUAUUCAGGUAAAGGCUCUGCCACUCAAGACAACACAAUCAAUGGCUACAUUCAUAAUAUCAACGUUACACUCUCGGUUGUUGGACUGACACCGAUCACGAUUUCCUACUCUUCGAUAGAGAAUCUCAACUACUAUCACUACCCUGCUGGAUUAAGAACACUCCGAAACGACGGAAUCGAAGGUGCCACCUAUCAAUUCUAUUUCGAUACGAUCUAUCCAAACUGCACAAACAAUGGUGAAUUUAUAUUUUUCACAACCAAUUUCAAACGAAUUUCUUUUCAAACUAAUUUUGGUCCUUGGAUACCAGCUCUUCCUUCACAAAUAGGCACCUCUAUUUAUUAUCAAGAUAUACAAUACUAUCCUGUUUCAACUUUUUCAUUCGUAAUAAGAUUGAAUUUGAAAAAUAUACUAUACACUGGAAUUAGAGGUGUAGAUUUGUAUAAUACGAAAAUCAAUGCUUGGGAUUUGAUUCAAGGUAACCUUAACGAAGGUGUAUUCGAAACCUUUAUCUCUUGGGAUCUAAUGGCAAACCUAGUACAAGUCAAGGCACAAUCCUACUACCCAAAUAUAGAUUUUGGAAAGGAUUAUGAAAUUUCGGUAAUCAAUCAAAAUUUUCAAUUCUUUAAAUAUAUUCCACCACAAUUAACUUCAUUUAGUUUAAAUGAUAUUACAUAUUUUAAAUUUGUACCAAAUAUUGUUGAUGUAUCGAAUGGAACUGGAACUACUGUUUUGGUAUUCAAUUUUAAAAAUAGUAAACAAAGCGAUAGACCUUCGAUUUAUAUACCAUCAAACAGUCAUCUCCCAGGAAUUAUCGAUCAAAACAAUGUGUUUACUGGUUACUAUAAUCAGACAACACAAAAUUUCAACAUUCCAAUUACUAUCAAACAACAAGUAUUCUCUAGAUCACUCGACUACAACAUUACAGCUGUACCAACUUAUAUUUCAAGAGAUAUGGUUGUAUUAAAUUUUGGAUCAGAUGCUUUAUUAUAUGUACAUUCUGAUUUUGCUGAUGAAAUGGGACCAAAUGUUGAAAGUAUUUCACAAUAUCCAGGUAGCACUAUAACUAUAGGAUCUAGUGAGACAAAAUCUAUUGGUUGGGAUUUUACAUUGUUUGAUAAACCAAGUGGAUUCCAAUAUGGUGUGGCGAUGAUUACAUCGAAUAUUGACUUUAUGCCAAUUAACGUGUCGUUCACUGCAUUCAAUAAUACAGAUGGCGAUGAAUUCACUGGAAACUAUUCAAUUAGAAUUCCAAUCAAUGGAAAUUGUAGAAGUGCUGUAUAUCAUAUUGAUUUGGUACUCUUUGAUUAUCUCGGGAAUGAAGCUGACUCUAGAAUCGGUUCAAUCUUACCAAAGUUGAAUCCAUUCUAUAAGAUGUGGGGUGACGCUACUUUGGAGUCACUCACCAACAUUACGGUAACUUGUACGGCAACACCAGAUACCACUCCGCCAAUCAUAACUAUGCUAGAGGUACACACCUCGACUAUCGAUGUUGGAUCAAACAAUAGAUUGUUUGAAGCUAGCUUUACUUUUACUGAUGAUGAUUCCGGUAUUUCUACAAAUACCAAAGACAAUCCAAUUGUAUAUCUAUCGACUUACUAUGGAGAAACAACAAUGUUCAAAUCGAAAUUUGAAUCUAUUAGUGGUCUAUCUGUAACCUACUCUGUAAGUGGACAAGUUCCAUUUGGUUUCGCAAUGAGAGGAUUUUUCUUGAUAUCUAUAUAUGGUGGUGUAGAUAAUCAUAGAAAUCUCGGUGGAAUUACAUCGUCAGAGCUAAAGUCUAUAUAUCCUUCGUCAUACUAUGGUACAACAAUAUUCAACUUGAUAUCACCUGUGUUGGAAGGUGCAACGGAAACACUCAAAGAAAGUGGAGGUCCUCUAUAUAUUCGUGGAAAGAAAAUGGGAUUUAAUUACGAUACUGUUACUUGUCAGAUUGACUAUGGUAGUGGAUAUCAACCUAUCACUAUAGAUCUUCGUUAUCCAUCUAUCUUCCUGAUAAACAUUGGUACCGUAACUGGACCAUCGAUUAAAGUACAACUGUUUGUAAACGGAUCGUCAUCCAAUGAAUUGGUAAUCAAUAAAUAUACUAUUCCGCCACCUGCUCCACGUCCUCCAAAAAGAAAUUCAACAUCAACUACCACUACCACCACUACCACCACUACCAUUACCACUACCACUUCAAAUGGCGCGACUACUACUACUGAUUCGACAACUGGUGUAACAUCAACUACUACCACUUCAAAUGGCGCGACUACCACCUCAACCGCCACUAAUACUGGUACAACAUCAACAACAACUACCACUGGCUCAACAACAGGUACACCAAUUCCAAAUUGUCCAGGUUCAACAACUCCAUGUUCAAAUCAUGGACAAUGUAUCAAUGGUGAAUGUUUGUGUGAUCGUCUAUGGUAUGGACCGGAUUGUAAUUCUAAAAAUCAUAUUCUCCCACCUCCUCCUAUACAACCGAAUCAGCCUACUAUCAAUACUACGAUUCCUUUCGAAGAUGGUUUCAAUAUUAUUGGUCGUAUUUCCGUUGAUUCACUUCGAGAGAUAUCAUCGAGUGGCGAGAUUAUUGCGACUUACCAACUCUCCGAUUGGGUUCUCUUUAACCUAUCUACACCAAGCCAAUUCCUCUAUAGAUAUCAAACCACCGUUAAACAUUUUACCAAUGUUUCAGUGGAUGUCGAAUUCUUUUUGAACGAAACAACGAUAACAUUUGCCAAAGAAAACUUUACAAUGUUACCGUCAACCAUUAAAUACUCUAUUUCCUUGACACCCUAUGAUUUCAGCGAUAAGCUAUCAACACUUCAGAUUGUCAUGUCUGCAGCACUGGAAACAGAAGAUCACGAUACUUGUUCAAAGAAAACCUACGGUGGACCAAACGAUAAUAUCAGUUGGAUAAAGUUGAAUAUUGACAAUCAGUCGCUCUAUGGUAGAUUCCUUAGGGUUGCAGAGAUUGACCAAUCGGUUGUACCCAUCACUAACGAGUUGCUGGACGCGCAAAUGAAUCCUGUAAACAAUGAAUCCAGUGUACAAACAUUCAUUGGAAUCAACAUACCACAAUUCGAAAUCAAUGUUAAACUGGAUCCCGACUUUUCAAUACUCAUUGACAGCGAUCAACCUUCAGGUGCGAAAUGCAAGAGUAGCAACAAGCUGAGUGCAGGCGCAAUUGCAGGUAUCACUGUUGGUUGUGUUGUAUUUUGUGCUGCUGUAAUAGGUGCUAUUUUCUAUUAUAAAUCAAGAAUGAGAGCAAAGAGAUACAACAAGGAUAUGGAACGUAAAUUAAAAAGAAUAGGUUAA